CUCAUACAUACAUGACAUAUAUCAACCUCUCCAUUAGUAUCGACCAGUUUUCGACCAGUUUGCUUUAUUCAGGGUCUAGCUAGCUAACAGCAACCAUGUUCACCACCCCAACCCUCAGCUUCUCUUGUACAACUUGCAUGCGGGGAGAGGAAGGUUCUAGCGUUAAUGAGCUUUCUGGCCGCGGUGGUGAGAAGAACAACAGCUCAGUACGGACGUCGGAACUCUACGGAGGGUUAACUAGUGGAAGUCCUUGGGAUGAUGGAAUCUAUGAUGGCGUCAGAGAAAUCACUCUGGUUUAUGGCCAGUGCAUCGACUCCAUAAGUGUGGCAUAUGACAAAGAUGGUCAGUUUGUUAAACCCGGAAAGCAUGGAGGUGUCGGGGGCGGUCACCUCCAUAAGCCCCUUACUACUGUCGAGGUGAAACUGGAGUACCCAGAAGAGUUCCUAGUUGGCGUCAGUGGAAACUCUUGUUCGGUACCCGGGAUGGCACCAGAAGUGUUGCGAUCACUCAAACUUGAGAGCAAUAGAAGGUCAUUUGGACCGUUUGGAGUUUUAGUAGGCAAUCCCUUUAGUUUCAGAGUACAAGAUGGAGAGCAAAUUGUUGGCUUGAUGGGAAGAAAUGGUUGGUACCUAGAUGCAGUUGGGUUUCAUAUAUCUCCUGCUCCCAAGAGUAAACUCUUUCGGAGAGUCCAACAGAGCUCGAUACCGUCAGAACUUUAUGGAGGAGUGGCCGGCGGAGAUCCUUGGGAUGAUGGAGUCUAUGAUGGCGUAAGAGAAAUAACACUUGUUUUUGGCCAAUGCAUCGACUCCAUAUGUGUGGCAUAUGAUAUGAAUGAUAAGCUUGUUAAAACCGGAAAGCAUGGAGGUUAUGGGGGCAAUCACCUCCACCAAAACCUAAGUACCGUUGAGAUAAAGUUGGAAUACCCAAGUGAGUUUCUGGUUAGUGUCAGUGGAUACUCUUCUUCUGUACCCGGGAUGGCACCAGAGGUGUUACGCUCGCUCAAAUUUGAGACCAACAAAAGGUCAUAUGGACCAUUUGGAGUUGAAAUAGGCACACCAUUUACAUUCAGGGUAAAAGAUGGAGAGAAAAUUGUUGGUUUGAAGGGAAGAAAUGGUUCGUACCUAGAUGCAGUCGGGUUUCAUAUAUCCUAUGCUCACAAGAGAAAACGCUUUCGGAUAAUUCGGAAGUAUCUUUCCAAAGUUUUGGAAUGUUGAGUGCACAUUAAUAAGGGUUUCAUAUAUUCUAUGCAAUCGGGUUGGUACCUUGGUUCAAAUCACUAAACCUCACUCUUACAAAUGUUGAGUGCACAUUAAUAAGCUUGUGAUUAUUUAUUUUAAGAUCGAGUGAAAGGACUAGUUUGGGAUUGCUGUGACUUUUAAAAAAAAUUGCUGCUGCUGUGUUGUGAGAA